AUGGACUCGGUGCCCUCUGAAAAUGCAAAGAAGAAAGAAGAGCCUCCUGACAGGGGCAGCUGGAAGGGCAAGUUUGACUUCCUAUUGUCAUGUGUGGGAUACGCCAUUGGUUUAGGGAAUGUCUGGAGGUUCCCCUAUCUCUGUGGAAAGAAUGGUGGAGGGGCUUUUCUUAUACCGUAUUUCACAACAUUGGUGUUUGCUGGAAUCCCUCUGUUCUUCUUGGAGACCUCUCUGGGGCAGUUCACUUCAGUGGGAGGCCUUGGAGUUUGGAGACUAAUCCCAAUGAUGAAAGGAGUAGGAUUGGCUGCAGUGGUACUUUCUUUCUGGCUUAACAUCUACUACAUAGUCAUCAUUGCCUGGGCUCUCUACUACCUGUUCAACUCUUUUGGCUCGGAUCUACCCUGGCAAAGCUGUGACAACCCAUGGAACACAGAUCAAUGCUUCUGUAAUUAUAGCCUGAUGGACACCACCAACCUGACGAGCGCUGUGGAGGAGUUCUGGGAGCGCAACAUGCACCAAUUGACUAAUGGACUGGAGGAGCCAGGGGAGGUGCGCUGGCCCUUAGUGGGAACUCUAGCCCUUGCAUGGAUCCUGGUCUACUUCUCCAUUUGGAAAGGAGUGGAGUGGACUGGAAAGGUGGUGUACUUCUCAGCCACCUAUCCCUACGUUAUGCUUUUUAUCCUGUUUUUUCGUGGAGUUACUUUGCCUGGUGCCAUUGAUGGGAUCCUUUUCUACAUCACCCCAGAUUUUAACAAGCUCAUGCGAUCAGAGGUUUGGUUGGAUGCUGCAACUCAGAUUUUCUUCUCUUAUGGACUUGGCCUUGGAUCUCUCAUCGCUCUAGGGAGUUACAACUCGUAUAACAAUGACGUUUACAAGGACUCUAUCAUUGUGUGCUGCAUCAACUCCUGCACAAGUAUGUUUGCCGGAUUUGUCAUCUUCUCCAUUGUGGGCUUCAUGUCUAACAUCACCAAGAAACCUGUAGCCGAACUGGCAGCAUCGGGGCCAGGACUUGCCUUUUUGGCUUACCCCCAGGCGGUGACCCAGCUCCCUAUGUCUUCUCUAUGGGCGAUCUUGUUUUUCUCUAUGCUGAUGAUGCUGGGACUGGAUAGUCAGUUCUGUACAGUGGAGGGCUUCAUCACAGCUCUGAUGGAUGAGUACCCCAUGUUACUGAGGAAGAGGAAGAAGCUCUUCAUCCUCAUUGUGUGUUUCAUCUCUUUCAUUAUUGGAUUCUCUAACAUCACACAGGGUGGGCUUUACGUGUUCAAGCUGUUUGAUUAUUACUCUGCCAGUGGGAUGUGCCUGCUCUACCUUGUCUUCUUUGAAACUGUUUCGAUCGCUUGGUUUUAUGGAGCUGAAAGGUUUUAUAAAGAUAUAGAAGACAUGAUUGGGUAUCGACCGUGUAUAUGGUGGAAGCUCUGUUGGAUGUUUUUCACUCCACUCAUCUGCCUGGGAGUGUUCACAUUCAGCGCCAUAGAGAUGACACCCCUGACCUUGGGGAAGUAUGUGUAUCCUCUCUGGGGCCAGGUGAUCGGCUGGUUCAUGGCCCUGUCCUCCAUGAUCCUGAUCCCUGGUUAUGUUAUUUACAUGUUCUGCACCACCAAGGGAGGCCUCAAAACGCGUUGGCGGCUGAUGACAACGGCCCGCGAGGCUGAGAAAGCAUCGGUGCAUGAAGAUUCGUCACAGGCCGAGGGCUCCGGUGAGGCUCCUGUGUGA